AUGCCAUUCACCGGACCGCCGUUGGACCCUGUGUCCGAAUCCCUAACGAUAUGGGAUUGGUUGUUCGAGAAGCAGCCCUAUGGUAGUAGAGCGAAUGCCUUCAUCGACGGGUUGUCAGGACGUCGCAUCUCAUUUCAAGCCCUAAAAACAUACGCGACCCUUGCCUCCAUCUCUCUGAACCGCAACUAUGGUCUCGAACCCGGCACUAAGGUUGCAAUCGUUUGCAGGACCUCGGUUUGGUACCCAGUUGCACUGUUUGCAGCCAUACGGUUAGGCGCCAUCGUGGUCCCCUUGCCGCACGAGGCCAAGACUCCAGAUUAUGAGUACUUCCUCAAGACCUCCGAUGCCGAGAUUGUCUUUGUCGAUGAGUCAACCGUCAACCAAGUUCGACCUGCUUGUUCUCGUCUGAACAUUGAUUCGGAUCAUCUCAUUUCUGUUGACUGUGAUGUCAAGGACCUGAGGUCCAUUGGGACCUUGGUCGAAGAAGCCUGCUCCUCUCAAGUACAGGGGCAGGUUCCCCACUGGCAGUUGCCGGCGACUCGAUCAAACAAAGAGGCCUGCGCCUAUUUACCCUUCAGCUCGGGUACAACUGGAUUGCCCAAGGCAGUUAUGAUAUCCCAUGCCAAUGUCAUUGCGCAGUGUCGCCAGAUGGAUACCAUGGACCCUGGAACAAGGGAGACGAUCCUGGCCCCGCUGCCUUUCUACCACAUCACUGGGCUGCUGCAAUUUCUGCACGUGCCAAUCAUGUUCGAUCAAGACGUCGUCCUGUUGAGCAAGUUCAACAUGGCAGACAUGAUGAAGACUAUUCUGUCAUACAAGUGCAAGGAACUAUGGCUAGUUCCUCCACUAUUGAUCCGCAUGGUCAAUGAGGAGGUGGCCAGAAAGAAUGAUCUGUCAUUCGUCAGACAGCUCACUACUGGAGCGGCACCGCUGUCUCCACAAGUCAUCGAGAAACUCGCCAAAGAUUUCCCUCAAGCAAAGCUCAGACAAGCAUAUGGAAUGACAGAGAGUUGCAGCUGCCUCACGACUACUCCCAAGGAUCUACAGGUCUAUGCGAAUGCUGACAAGGUGGGGAAGUUGGUUCCAGGCACGCAGAUCAAAGUAGUCGAUCCCGCGUCUGGCAAAGAGGUUGGGUACGGUGAGGAAGGCGAGAUAUGGGCCUUCGGUCCUCAGGUUACUAUGGGCUACCUGAACAACAAGAAAGCAACAAGCGAAACAUAUGACGAAGACGGCUACUUACACACCGGGGAUCUGGGCAUAAUGCGGCCGGAUGGCUUCGUGACUAUCCAUGAUAGAAUCAAGGAGAUGAUCAAGGUCAAGGGUCACGGAGUAGCCCCUGCAGAGCUAGAGGACACUCUUCACGGGCAUGAGAAGGUUGCAGAUGUUGCAGUCAUCGGUGUACCGGACGAGUACGCCGGAGAGGUGCCUAAAGCCUUUGUAGUAGUAAGAAAAGGCGUCAGCAAGUCUCAAGAGACAGCGCAGGAACUAGAAAAACAUGUGGAGGGGCUAAAGACACGGUACAUGUGGCUUCUCGGAGGGAUUGAGUUCAUUGACCAAAUCCCUAAGAGUGCCGCUGGAAAGAUCCUUCGGCGCAACCUCAGAGAGAUUGAAAAGAGGAGGCGAGAGGCAAAAAAGACGGAGUCCCGUUUGUGA